AUGGCAAUUGGCUGUCUGCUUACAAAAUUGAGAACCGGACUAAACACAAACGAAGAAAAUAUUCUUGAUUGGUUACAAGAAAAAGAUACAUUUGUUGUCGAUCGCGGAUUUCACGAUGUUCUCCCUCAGAUAAAAGCAUUUGGGUACAAUGUCUAUAUGCCAUUGUUCUUACCGAAAAAUCAAAAACAGUUUACGACUUCUGAAGCUAAUUCAAAUCGUUUUGUAACUAAAGUACGCUUCGUAAUAGAGUGUGUUAAUGGAAGAAUUAAACAGUGGAGAUUCUUUAACAAAGUAGUACCUCAUUCCAGUCUUCCAUUUGGUCACGGAUAUUUUUCGAUAGUCUGUAGUUUAAUCAAUGCAUUUCGUCCUCCGUUCGUUCAACAUACUUCGGCUCAUGAAGAAAUAGCUCGUGAAAUGCAAAAAAAGAGAGAUGAGAAGAAUAAACUAUUGUCAAAGCUGAAUGACAAGGAGUUUAUGAAAAUUAAAAAAUGGACAUCGUUAAAAGCCAGUGAUACAGCCGUCGAUUUUCCUAAGUUUUCAAAAGAAGAGUUAGAAAAACUAACCUACAGUGUUUUUCAAGUGAAAAUGGCAAAAAGCUAUGCCGUGGAACACGUCAAUGACGAUGGUGAAUAUGCAAUUCGAGUAUCAACCGAUACUAAAAAUCUUUGA